GUCUUUAUAGACUGGAAUCAGGAAGCCGGGGGUCUUCCUAGAGCAGGGCAGCGCGGUGUGAGCGUCGCAGUUUGUCGGGGGGUUUUCAUGUUGUCUCCUUGAAAACAAAAAAUGGAUUUUGAAGAUUUGUUUGAUGAGAGGACGUUUUCUUUUUCUGACUUCCAGGAGUUCACGUUCCUUCCUAGCCAUCAGAAGCUCUCUGAACGGGUUCGGAAGAGGUUGUACUAUGGACUGGAUAAAGACUGUGCUUUUGAUGCCCUUUCAUGUCCUGUUACUGAUAUCGCCGUUGAACUGCUUCAGAAAUCUGCUCCGAGUCCGAUCCGCAAACUUCAGAAGAAAUACGCAGCACAUGUGGCACGGGAAGCUUGUAUUUCUCCUUGCGCAAUGAUGCUAGCUCUGGUUUACAUUGAAAGACUGAGACACAGAAACCCUGACUACCUGCAACAGAUCUCCUCCUCUGACCUCUUCCUGAUCUCCAUGAUGGUUGCCAGUAAGUACCUGUAUGAUGAAGGAGAGGAGGAGGAGGUUUUCAAUGACGAAUGGGGAGCUGCAGGGAAACUGGAUGUCCAAACAGUGAACAAGCUGGAAAUGAACUUCCUCAAGGCCAUUGACUGGAGCCUUUAUGCUGAACCAAGCGAAUUCUUUGAUAUUUUAAGCCAGCUAGAAACGAGCAUCGCCCAGAAGCAGGGAUUGAAGAGAGGCUGGUUUACAUACACCGACCUUUGUGUCCUGCUGGAGCAGGCCGUGUGGCAGAAAGCUUUCGUCAACAUCUAUCUCCACUUCACCAAACUGGCCUGUAUGCUGGGGCUGGUGUACCUCGCCAGCGUGGCCGGGCUGAUCGCGUCCUCCGCGGUGCUGCAGCAGCUGACCGGCUCCCACACCCUCCCCGUGCCGGAUGGAGGCGCCUUCGGCCCCCGGGGGGAGCGGCCCGGCCUGGAGCAGCCUCAGCCCCCUGCCUUCGCCCUUCGCUGCUGCUGCUGCGUCUUGGGGAACGACGGUCAGGAUGGGCACCAGGCCGUGACCACCACCACCACCGCCACCGCCACCACCGCGCUCUGCUUCUGGGGCUCGUUUCUCGCCUCUCUCUCCUACUCCUCCGACCCCCAGCCCGUCCCUGACAAUACCACUCCUGGACUUCACUGCUCGGGUUGCCUGGGCGUCCCCAGUGGUUCCAGGUUAAUGCUUCAGUGUGGAACGCCCAAUACCACUGGAUCAAGCUUCUCUCCUCCUCACAGCCUGCUGGGACGGACCUCACAGACGGCCUUUUCUGUGAGCGACGGGGGUCUUUUUAGGAGGGUGCUUGACCCUCUGUUCAGCCUUUCCCUCAGUAUCCCUCGAUGUUUCCCAGAGACUGUGAUACCGUUAGGAAAGGCCCAAACCUUCCUUCUCCCCAGUUAGAAAUGGCUGUUUUAUCCCACUCUCUUAGGGGGGUGGGGGUGGGGGGAACAAAAUUGUAAAAUUGUAAUUUUCUUGUCUUCACGUUUUUGUGGUUUGAUAAAAAAACGCGGUUUGCAAACCUAACUUUUCAAAGGUGACUGUAAAUAAAUUUCCUAUUUUACGAGAGACAGGAUGUGUGAAGAUACGAUCAGGGGGGCCAUGAGAGACUUAGUCUCGGCUGAAGGGCCUUUGAAGGCUUGUCAACAGUCCACUUUCAAUAACAGAGAUUUCUAAGUGCAAAUAGAUGUAUUUAAAAUUGUUCAUCUUCGGAUUCUCCACAUCUAAGUGGUCACGUUCUGCACAGAAAUGCCUAAUUUAAACAAUUCUGCAUUUGUCACGGUGUGUUUGGAUCACAUCGCACCUUUUAACUUGACGUUUCUGGUGGAUUUCUGACGACUUGAGGCUUUUUACAUUUUUUUCUCACAAUCACCCGGGAAAGUAAAGAAUUGUUUUUACAAAACGUUUAAAACGGCCUUGAAGAUGUGACUGGGGGCGGGGUGCCUCUAAUCUUUACAAAAAAGAAACAUUUCCUAGGUCAGUUGUAACUGAAAAUGGUAUUAAGAUGUGGUCGAAAUAAAUCAAAAGUAAAUGCCAAUAUGACCUGUCCUACUGUUUGUAAGGAAUUUGGUACAUAUUAAUCCAUGAAGGUAUUUACCCCAUUAUUCUAAAAUAUUCCAUUCUAAACCUAUUUUUUUGUAGGUUUGUAGAUGUUCUGGGGCUUAUUGUAUUAUUUUUUGUAUACCUGAACUUGGACUUUUAUUCUGAAAAUAUAUCAUUUUGAUUUACCAUCCUCUUAAAUAUAGCAGAAGGUUUGGGUAUGUGGCAGAGUAGUUCUCUUAUCCUUAAAUGGAGUGAGAGACCCGAUGACGUUUUGUUUUUUUCUUAAGGGUCUAGGGAAAGGUUUAGAUGCUGAGUGUGUGUCUAGUUUGCUAGAGUCUUGGGAACGUUUUCUGAAGUUUUGAAGGUCUUUUCUUGUUUGAGCCAGAAUUUAUGCUCCUAUUUAAUUAGGAACUGGUAAAUAAAGAGCAUGAGUUCAGAAGUACAGUAAUACAGUAAUAAGUACAGUGGUUUCUUUGAGUAUCAUAAUGUGCAGCUUUUGGCUACUAUUAAAACAGUUUGGAUUUGGGGGUAUUAUCCACGUCUGCACCAGGAUACACUAUGUCAGACUAAAGGCUUUACAUCUCUAGGUUCUCUGUGGCGGUUUCUGAUUUGAAACCAGCAAAUCGUACUUUGAAGUAAAUAUAUAGUGCAGGAAGAAGAGGAACACUGUAUCCAUGCAGAGUGCUGGUUCUGUUCCUUGUUUUGUGAUGUAGAGUCUUAAGUAAAUUAUUUGAAAAGUUUCUAAGUGUGAGAAGGUCUGGCUUUCAUUUACAAAGUGAAGCGCUUUAAUGCUUAAUUAAGAGUUUACAGAAGAGGCUGGAAUCCGUUUAGGAUGUGGUUACGCUGCGCAUGAGUGCAACAUUCGAAACGUUCAUUCUCACAACAAAGAAUUGAUGUUACCAGCUUCACUUGCUACUACUGUAUGCCCUUCUUCUGUGCUCUCUGAAUACUGUCAUGGUUAUUCAAAGGAAAAAGGAUUUUGUUUGGUUGACAACGUUCUGUAACUGUCUGUUCUGUGCAGCAUCAGUAUUUUUAAUACUGUAUUGUUCCCAUAGUCCAGCCAAGAAGCACAAGUCAGUACUACCCCUGUGUGCAACACUGUCUUAGGCUACACUUAAUCUUCUUUGAAUUAUCGCUUGCAUCUUUUUGGAGUUAAAAAACAGGGGCAAAAAAAGGCAUCUGAACAGGAAAUAACAGACUGCGUGAAAACUUUUUUGUGUGUGUGAUUCUAUUUUCAGCGGUAUGACUCCAAUUAACAUUUUCUAUAGGACAUUUCCUUUACAUUGUUUUAACAGCUGUCUUUAAAUGUAUAAAAUUGCUAAUUUAACAGUGAAACAGGCUUAGGUUUAUUGUAAAUGCGAAGCUGCAUACUCAGAAGGUGUAAACUGAAAUACUUUAACUUUUGAACACCUGUCACUGAUUUAGUAAUUUUACACAAAGUAAUACAAACUAAGUCUUAAUUGGUGGAUUUUCCAUACAUAUUCCAUGAAGUGUGCAGCAUAUUAAUUUUGUUUUUGCACUGAAUGAGUAAAUAAGGGAACUGAGCUUUGAGGAUGGAGCCUUUCAGUCCUAAGGAAUUCAGUUCCCAUUGCAUGAAGUUAAAGACUUAGAACAUAGGAUAUAAUCCUGUCUAUUUCUAGGUGAUAGUUCUUUUGAGGACAGUGAAUUCAAGUACACAUACCGUUUUCUCAUUUCAGAUUUUUCUUCCUGAAUAACUGCUGAAUUCAGAGAGCAUCUAAAAGCGUUACCAAAUUUUUAACCCUUACAAACAUAGCAAGUGGAAAAUGAAAAGAUCUGGCAAGUGACUCAUUUUUUAUGUUUUGUGGCCUGUGUUAUUUUAAAGUCAUUUGUGGUAUUAAGUUUACUUUUCUCCCAUAGUCAGUGACUAUAUGACUUUGUUUAGGUGGUGUGUUACAAUGGAAUUAGCGUGUUAUCAUUUAGAGAUCAGCAGUAUUUUAUUUACACACAGCUUUCUUAUGCAGAAAUUAUUAACAGAAUUGGAUGGUGACGUAAAAGCUGUUGAAUCCAGUGCAAUGCUUUUAUUUUU